UAUUUGAACGCACAUGUCAGGAAUCUUUAGCAGUAAAGCUAAAAAAUUUAAAGUUAUAAGUAAUGAAUUGGACAAUCUUCAAAUUAAAGAUUAUGAAACCUACGACGAAGUUCUAAAUCUUCUAAAUUUGCAAAUUGAGGAAGUAUGCCAACAAAACAAAAAUUAUAAAUAUAAUAUUCAAAUUCAAGAGAUUCUUAAUUUAUUUAUUAAAAUUCUUCAAAAUAUUCCAGAAUCGGGGAUUGAUGAGCAAAACUAUUGGGAAAAUAUUAACAACAAAUUGGAUAUUUUUUACACAAAAAUUGCUAAAUUUGAUAUCUUGUUUAAGCCUCCACAAGUUAUUGAGUUAAUAGGGAGCUACACAAAUUAUACAUUUAUAAAAUCUGAUCUAACAAUCGAUAUUUUAACAAAAAUGCCCUCAGAAUGUUUUAAAGAAAAUGAUAAAUUAAAUUAUCAAUACUUUUUAAAAAGAAUGAGUUAUAUUUCUUAUAUGGGUUCACAAUUGUGUCAAAAAUUAGAUCUUAAUAAAAAAUUUAAAAAUAUAUCUUGUAAAUUUUAUAUAGAAGUUGGAGGGUUAAAUAAUGAUGGGUGCUUGCAAUUCUUACCUUUAUUGACCAUUAAAAUGAUUGAUAAUAGCACCAGCAAUAACUUAUUAACAAAAUCUCAGCAUUUUCCAACAUUUAGGAUAAUUGUUUUGCCUGAUUUAAUCAAAACUGAUAAAACCAUGCAAUCAGAGCUAUUUAGUAAUAUGAAAAAAUUUAAAAUUAUCUGCUUCAAUCCAAAUAAGUGCAAUAUAAAGGAUGACAAUUUAACAUCAAGCCCAUAUUAUAAUUCAAUAAUAUCAAAUCAAAUAUGCUCAACAAUCAAAUUAUUUGAUCUCACUGAUAUUAUUAGUAAUGCUGGUGAUAAAACAUAUCCAGUUAUUGAUGCUCUAAUUUUAUUAAAAUUAUGGGCAAAGAGUAGAUAUAUCUUGAAUUAUGAUGAUAAAUUUAAUAAUUCUUUUAAUUUGGGUCACAUCUUUUAUAUUUUUAUGAUUUGGCUAUAUAAAACUCAAAAGAUAAAUCAAAAUAUGACACCCUUUCAAAUUUUCAAACUUGCAUUGUUCUAUAUAAACUCUCAAGACUGGACAAAGUGUGGAUUGCAUUUUUAUGAAUCAAAUGCCAAAUCUAUCUUACUUUCUGAAGAAAAAAUUAAACUUUUCCAUUCACAUUUUGAUGUAGUGUUUUUAGAUCCCACAGGCAACUAUAAUAUUUGCUGGAACUUUACUAAAUUUGACUAUUAUUGGAUAAAAUACGAAGUUGAGUUAACUCUGGAACAAUUAAAUAUAUCAGUUCACCCUGAACCAUUUCAUUGGCUAUUCAUGACCCAGAGACCAUUUGAAUUAUCCUUUGAUCAUAUACUAAGAAUUUCGGUUCCUGUAAACAAAUACAAAGAUAGGAUAAAAGGCAAAAAUAUAUUGAAUCCUGCUAUAAUCGACGAAGACAAUGGUCAUAUAUACAGAGCCCUGAAACUCAAAAUUCUUUCGAUUAUUCAUCAGGGAUUGAAAGAUUUUGUUAAAUUGAUAGUUCUUAAGCCCGAACCAUUUAUUCAGAUACCUCUAAAUACAAGCGACACAUUUAAUAACAACGAUUUUUGGGCCGGCAUUGAUUGUAGCAACAUCAAACUGACUUUCGGCAUAUUGCUUAAACCCCCUAACGAUGCCUCAUUUACAAAAUCUUCUAACGUUUUCGUCAUAAAGGGCCCUCAGAUAGACUCUGACCCUAAGGAAGAAAAGAAUUUUAUAGAUUUUUGGGGUAUUGAGUUGUGCUCAACACGCAAAUUUUCUGAUGGAACCGUUAAAAGAGCCAUAGUUUUCGAUUCAAGCUCCGGGAUUGUCAACGGUUUUGAUAAGCGCACAUAUCCUUAUUACAGAAUCGUAUGCCAUUUGCUUAAACGACAUUGCGGUUUCGAUAUGCUGUACCCUCUCAAAAACUAUGUUGAUUAUAAUCAAUCUCGGUUUCAAAUACAAAGAAUGGGUCUAACUUUGAAAUUUAUCAAAAAAUUUACCUCCAAAGUUCUUGGAUUUAAACAUAACUCUAUAAAGGAAAUCGCAACAACUCCCUAUUCCAAAAGUAAUGAUUUAUUUAAACGGAUCAAAAAAGACAAUUAUGGAACCGGAGAAUCUAAUUUUUUGCCUAUUAUUAAAGCCACUGAUUCCUUGUGCAAAAUAUUGAUGGAAGAUUUGAGGAAUCAAUUGCCAUUGGGAAUUUGCAACGUGCUGGGUGGUUACGAUUCCAUUUUUAGAAGAACCGAGGUUUUUCCACCUUUACCUCUAAUAAAGCCCGGUAAAUCCCUUUAUAAAAUUAACGCUGAAAGAAAAACUACAGGUACAAAUGCACCCAAUGAUAGACCAAUUAAAAAAAUUGGCUAUCCUUUCAAAUUUAGAAAAUAUCCUACUUUUCAAAGCAAAAAACAACCCACGUAUAUAAACUACACUCUAUUAACACUAUGGCCGGAAUCUACCCACAAAUGGCCUAUAAAACUCACGAAUGAAACCCUUAAUGUUAAAAUUAAGACUAAAUUCAGUUCAUAUUAUAGAAGCGAAGAGAAAAUGGAUAAAAAUCUGAAAAUAACACGGAAACAAAAAGACUUAAACGAAUAUAUCAGAGAACCUAUGACCUAUGCCGGUGCAUUGUCAAGACUCAUAAUAGCUUUCUUAAUCGAACUCAAACGGCAUUUAGCCCACAAGGUUGAUCGUUGUUUUUUAGUCAAAUCUCACCAUUUAAAUAAUUUGUCACGAAAUGGAAAUAGCCAAUAUCACUUGGAAGUCAUGCAUUCUGGAUAUGCAUUUAAGCUUUAUUUCGUAUGCCCACCUCAAUUAAGACUAACCACCAAUCUAUUCGAAGGGUUAAAUGUCGUUCAACGCUUGUCCAAAGCCAUAUUAGCACUACAUUCUUCUCAUCCAUAUUACGGCCUUACAACUCGUUUAGUUAAGCGCUGGCUGGCAGCUCAUAUGUUACUCUCAGGUCAUAACGAAUAUUUUUAUCAUUUUGCAAUGAAUUCAAAUAUCAAAUCCACAACGAUUGAUGAUUUAUGGGUGGAUAUAUUUGUUUCGAAGUUAUUUCUAUGUCCCGAACCUUUUCCUCAAAUUAAUUGUCCUUCCCUAGGCUUUUUACGAUUCUUACAUUGCCUUUCUACCUUCGAUUUCGACAUGGAACCUUAUUUCAUCCCUCUACUUAAUUCUUCACUUUCUUACGACGACGUGACCUCUAUACGUCUGGCUUUCAAAGCUCAUAGAAUAAAAGGAAAAUUUCCUAAUAUUCCAAAUAUAGUGUUGGAUUAUACAAAUACCACCUCACGGAAGGACAAAUGUACUGAACAAGAAUCUGAUUUCGGCUCGGAUUCUCAAUAUUUUAACGAAUUUAUUAAUGGGAGUCUAGCCCCAAGUUCACAGGUGUUCAGAAGAACGUUAAUUUUGGCUAGGAAAGUUUACGAAAACUUAUUGAAUGAACCAUGCCUAAAUGUGAAUGUUUCUAAUGAUAUCAUUAUAAGCCGCGGAGAACAUAUGAAGAACAUCAUCUUCGAAACACCCCUUAAAGAUUACGAUUUACUAAUAAGGCUCAAGAAGGCGAAAAUAACCCGUUGCAGUCAAAACAUAAUGAAACCUUCGAGACUUUACAGCCCUCUUAUUUUUUCCAAUAUUAAAAAUAAUUAUGGAUCUAUGCCUAUUAAGCCAAAAGAAGAUAUGACAGGAAAUUAUAAUAAUAGAUUUCCUGACAAUUUUUUGAUUGAUUUAGACCCGAUCCAGAUAUAUAUGGAUGAAUUGAAUAACACAUUCGGUCAUUUGGCUCUAUUUUUCAACGACAAAUUUGGCGGGGAUAUUAUAGGUGUGGUAUGGAAACCCAAUGUAUAUGAUAAACUUACCUCUAUUAAUAAAAACGAUAUAUCAGCUUCAACUCUGUUUUAUCAAACUCCAUUAAACAAUUCUAAAAUGAAAAUUAUAAAGACCGAUAUUGAAGCAUCGAAUGAAGAAACUGGCUUCGAUCUAGUCUCGGAUAUUAAUUCUAUCAUUGAAGAUAUGAGAAUUAUGGGCAAAGGGUUGAUUCACACCAUUGAAUGUAGAACGGAAAUAUGGAAUGAAAACAUACUUUAAUAAUUGGCCAUUUUAUUAUUUAGUGACAUAAAUAUAGUAGAAUAAAUAAAAAAAAACG